UGCUACCAACAGAACAAAAACUCUACAAUUAAUUAAUUAAUUAAAAAAAGAAAAAUGAUAAACCUGGUGCGGAAGAGGUUCUCCCGAAGUUGGAGCUGGAGCCGGAGCAGAACCGCUUCCAAAAUCGCCCGCCGGGAAGAAGUCGCCGGUGCCGGCGCCGGCGACGCGAUCGAGUGGGAAUUAAGGCCGGGGGGAAUGCUCGUGCAGAAAAGAGAGAUUCAGAAAAACGAGGAGGAGCAAUUAUACAUCACAAUUAGGGUUUCGACGGUUUCGUCUUCUCAAUUCUGCCAUCAAAUCUCUGUUCUCCCAACCUCCACCUUCCGAGAAUUGAAGGUUUUGAUGUCGAUACUUACAAAAAUGGAGCCGGCGGCGCAGCGGAUGGUGUUCAGAGGGAAGGAAAGGGAAGACGACGAGCACCUGCAUAUGGUGGGAGUAAGAGACGGCGAUAAACUGCUGCUUCUAGAAGAUUACUCUCACAAAACCGCCGCAACCGCCUUCCAUUACUGCCGUACAAUUAGGGUUUGAUGCAUUGCAGAUUGCAGUUUAAUUUACAUUUACUAAUUAAUUACCUUUUUUUUUUUUUUAAUGGUUUAGAAAUUGCAUAUAUAUAUUUUUGUGUUUUAAAAAAUAUUAUUGCAGCUAAAUUAUGAGGGAUGGUAGGAACUUUCCAGACUUUUUUAAAAAAUAUAUAUAUAUAUAUAUUGAAAUGUAUUUUGAAAUGAUGGAGACAACAAAGGAGUUGUCGGGUGGUCGGCCGGUUGGGGAUCAACCGGCCGGUUUAGGUCGCUAGUUUAAUUAAAUUACAAAUGUAUGUAAUGUAUGUAUGUAUGUAUGUUAGGUGGGUGGAGUAGGGGGGCUACUUUUCUUUGUUUUUGGAAAUUAAGAAAUAGACCCUUUAAUUUGUUUGUUUGGCCACUUUGCCAUCUUUGUAAUCUUAAAUAUAAUCAGCAUAUGUUCUAUUAAGGUACUUUGACCUGAU